UUUUUUUUUUACCUUCCUCACAACAUACACUCAUAUAGUCUUUUGUGACUUUUCUUCAUAUUUGAUCUUUUAUGUUGCCUCCCAACUUCAAUACACGAAACUCGAGACCUGUCUCCGAAAUUCUCAAGCCUGGGAACUAUACCUCAUCUUCCGAAAAUGAUUCUUUGAAUCUUUGGUAUGAAGACUUGCAACAAUAUGAAAGAAACUUGGAUGAAAUGGCUGCUGCUAGUUUGGAUCAAAACUUCAAGGAAGAAAUGCAACACGUGGACCAGUGGUUUCGUUUCUUAUCAGAGGCUGAACGUACUGCAACUAUAUAUACAUUACUUCAACAUUCUUCACAAGUACAAGUUAGAUUUUUUAUCAAUCUCUUGCAACAAAUGGGCAAACGAGAUUCUAUGCAUUCUAUAUUGAUGACACCUAAUCCUGAUCAAUCCGAUAUGCAAUCUCAAUUUGCUGGUGCUCUAGCCAAGGCAGAAAUGGAAGCAAGUCAAAGAUUAAUGUCAGUAUUACCUUACAAGACGGGUCAAGUGGUUAGCCGGCCUCCUCCAAGUACUGCUCGUCGACAAGUGGAUCGUCAUUCAUUUGCUUUGGGAGAUACUGAAGAUUAUAGUAGACAAUUUGUAGGAAAUGGUAGUAACAAUCGAUUUAAUGAAGCUACUAGACUUGGUGGUUCAAGUGGUGGAAGUAGUGGCGGAUCUGGUACUGGUGCUGGUGGACGUCCGACAAGUCAAAAUUUUAGUGCCAAUACUCUUUUGACACCUGGUGCAAAUCCUUUCCAUGGUGGUACUGGUGGUAGUCGUCCUCGAUCGGUGAUUGAAGGUGAUACAUCUACUUUGUUCUCAACUCCUUGGUCUACUCCGGCAAGUAGCGCAGCUCCUUCAUCCUCUCGUCGUCCUAUGUCGGUAGUUGGAAAUAUUGGUGAUCGAAAUGGUAGUGGUUUAGGUCUAGAACGUCCUAAAUCUGCUGAUGUGACAAACUGGUCCUUUACUGGUAUGGAACCGAUGGUGGAUCAACAACGUGUGACGAGUGCAAGUGGUAAUACUAGUAGUAAUGUGAAUGGUGCUUUCCCAUCUCCUUGGAAUUUGGGAUUGGAUUCGGAUAUUGAUUUCAAUGCUUUAACUUUACAACCUUAUCGACGUGGAAACAACACUAGUAACGUACGUGGUGGUGCUGGUACAACUACUUCAGCUAGUGCAAUGCGAAAUAUUCCUGGAACAUUAUCGGAAAAAGACGAACAACAACAAUCUCUUAAACCACCUACUAUCUCUCGACCUACUUCACCGCGUCCUGCUUCAUCCUCUUCUACACCUUUCAAUCAUCGCAAACAUUUGGUACCUCCUGGCAUGGAAAAACAAUUUGGUCAAUUCUUGAAUCCUUCUGAUCAUUUGAUGUCUGGUUCUUCCUUGGAUCCCAAUAGUAUAAAUGAACAUGAUUAUCAUAGUGAUCAUAGCGAAGCUUCUAAUGUAUCAUCUCGUCGUGUCUCUACAACAACAACAACAACAACAACAACAACUCAUCCUCGUGGAAGUGCUUUAACAUCCUCAAGCAAUAUGUCUCCUAGUAGCAAUCUCAAUACAGCUGUCAGCAAAGAAAAGAAAAGUGGGGAAAUCAUCGAUAUGGAUUUGUUACAAGAUGUCCCUGCUUGGUUUAGAAGUCUUCGUUUACACAAGUAUAAUUCUAUCUUUGAACCAAUGAAAUGGCAAGAUAUUAUAAAGUUGACAGAUUCGGAUUUGGAAGCCAAAGGUGUGGCUGCAUUGGGUGCCAGACGCAAAAUGCUCAAAGUUUUCGAAAAUGUGAAAACUCAUUGUGAUGAAAACAAUAUCGAAUAUUGACACACAUCAAGUGGAUUCUCAAUCAACUGCCUUUGAAAGGUGGAUCUCUUCGUCUUUUUUUUUUAUUAUCUAUUUCGACAUUUUUUUUUCUAUUUUAUCUUAUUGUCUCAUCUUCUGUUCGCUAGUCGGCACGAAGUAUGAUAUACUCUUUUUUUUUUAAAACAUCUUUUAUCUCACAUUUUUUUAUUGUCCCUUUGAUUCACUUGAUCUCUUCAUUCCUUUUUUUUUUUUUCAUUGAAUGUGGCCCAUAAUAGUCUUUAGCUUAUUAUCCAAUUGAACAAAUGCGCGUGGUUCGUUUUGAUUAUCUCAUUCCAAAUAAAACCUAUUAUCAUCAUCAUCAUCAUCAUCAAAUGCAACUUUUUGUUUUCACUGUAUUUCAUAGAUCAUAAAAGUUAUUGAAUAUAUUUAUUCAAUAGACACAACUCUUUUUU